CGAUCCUUCUGAGAGGAAGAGGAAGUGAUGUCACGCCACCACCACCGCUUCGAGAGGGACUACCGGGGAUCGUGGGAGCGCAGAGACGUGGAGCGUCCGUCCCCCCACAACGGAGGAGCCAAUCACAGCUGUGCCGCCGCCGUCGUCAACGGAAACAACCGACCAGCUCUCCCUCUUCCCGUUAUUCCCUCCCUCCUCCCCACCCCGGUAACAGUUGCCGUGACAACGUCCAGCGGUGACAUGGUCGUCAAGCGUGGGGUGUCGAUCGGCGGAUCGGUUACUGCUGCGUCUGUGAAGGUGUCGGGGCUGUCUCCUGGAGAGAGCCAGGCCCCAGGUCUGCUGCUGGCCCCGGGGGUGCGGUGGGGCCAGACUCCCAUCAACCAGCUCACACCCUGGGAGACUGACGAGCCCCCCAACAAGCAGCACCGGGACAGCGAGCCCACUGGUCCUCCAUGGGUUCCUCCAGUAGCAGCAGUGAGCCAGCCUAGCCUGCUCCCCCACUCCUAUGCCCUCGUCCAGCCUCCCUCCUUCAGUCACAGUGUAACAGUCCAGUCCCCCAUCAUAGGGGUGACCCCCUCCAUCCAGACCCCCAUGCCCCCCCACCACCCCCUGAUGACAGCUCACUUCCAGCUACACCCUCACUCCUCCCAGCAGCCCCCCUCCAUGGUGCUUAGUAUGCCCAGCCAGGCUCCCUACCCUUCAGCCCAGCACCCCGUCGCCCCCUCGCCCCUUACAGCCGCCAGCCAGGUGGUCCACCCAAACCCCCACAGCGUGAUGGGCAACGGCCACCUAACCCCCCACCCCAACCUGCCCCUCAUCCAGCCCCCCGCACUGCCCAUGACCAAUGGGCAGUCGGCACCUCAGACCCAGCCCACAGCAUCGGCCAAUCAGGACGGUCCUAAUGGGCUGCAGAUGCUGCGAACGGUUGGAAUGGGGAAGUACGAGUUCACGGACCCCGGACACCCCAAAGAGAUGUUGAAGGAGUUGAACCAACAGCGCAGAGCGAAAGAGUUUACAGACCUGAAAAUAAUUGUUGAAGGCAAAGAGUUUGAAGUCCACCAAAAUGUUCUAGCUUCCUGCAGCUUGUAUUUCAAGGACCUGGUGAAAAGGUCGUCAGGGGAGACGAGGAGCGGGGACAAGCUGGAGCUGACCAUGAGCAACAUUGGAGCUGACGUCCUGGAGCUGCUGUUGGAGUUCGUCUACACGGGCUCGCUGGUUAUUGACUCGGCCAAUGCAAAGACGUUGCUGGAAGCGGCCAACAAGUUCCAGUUCAACACCUUCUGCAAAGUCUGUGUGUCCUUUCUAGAGAAACAGCUGACAGCAGGAAACUGUCUGGGCGUGCUGGCCAUGGCUGAGGCUAUGAGAUGUACAGAGCUCCAUAAUAUGGCCAAGGCCUUUGCCCUGCAGAACUUCCCCGAGGUGGCAGGGCAGGAGGAGAUCCUGAGUGUGUCUAAAGAUGACCUGGUGGCGUACCUGUCCAACGACAGCCUCAACACCAAAGCUGAGGAGCUGGUCUAUGAGACUGCCAUCAAGUGGAUCAAGAGAGACCCUAACACCAGAGUGCAGCAUGUGUCAGAGUUGUUGGCGGUGGUGCGUCUCCCGUUCAUCCACCCGUCCUACCUGCUGAACGUGGUGGACAGGGAGGAGCUCAUCAAGACGUCAGAGGCCUGCCGGGAUCUGGUGAACGAGGCCAAGCGUUACCACAUGCUGCCCCACGCACGCCAGGAGAUGCAGACUCCCCGGACCAGGCCUCGGCUCUCCGCAGGCGUAGCGGAGGUGAUCGUGCUGGUGGGGGGACGCCAAGCCAUCGGGAUGAACCAGCGCUCUCUCACUGCCGUCACCUGCUUCAACCCUCAGAACAGUAAAUGGUAUCCUCUGGCCAGCCUGCCCUUCUACGACCGCGAGUUCUUCAGCGUCAUCUCUGCGGGGGACAAUAUCUACCUGUCAGGAGGGACGGAGGGGGGCGUGACGGUGGCAGACGUGUGGUGCUACAUGUCUCUGCUGGACAACUGGAACCUGGUGUCCCGGAUGACGGUGCCCCGCUGCAGACACAACAGCCUGGUGUAUGAUGGGAAACUGUACGCCAUCGGAGGCCUGGGCGUGUCUGGAAACCUGGACCACGUGGAGAGGUACGACACCAUCACCAACCAGUGGGAGACGGUGUGCCCCCUGCCCAAGCCCGUCCACUCUGCGGCCGCCACUGUGUGCGGGGGGAAGGUGUUUGUGUUCGGGGGCGUGAACGAGGCCGGCAGGUCAGCGGGGGUGCUGCAGUCCUACGUCCCCCAGACCAACACCUGGAGCUUCAUAGAGUCUCCCAUGAUAGAUAACAAGUACGCCCCUGCGGUGAGUCUGAAUGGUUUCAUCUUCAUCCUGGGCGGGGCCUAUGCCAGGGCCACUACCAUUUACGACCCUGACAAAGGCAACAUCAAGGCCGGGCCCAACAUGAACCACUCCAGACAGUUCUGCAGUGCAGUGAUCCUGGACGGGAAGAUCUACGCCACAGGGGGCAUCGUGAGCAGCGAGGGUCCUGCACUAGGCAACAUGGAGACCUUUGACCCCUGCUCCAACAGCUGGACCCUGCUCCAGUCCCUGCCCUGCCCGCUCUUCAGACACGGCUGCGUGGUCAUCAAAAAGUACAUCCAGAGUGGCUGAGACGGCCUCCGGCCGGACCCGUCUGCUGACAGCGUCUGCUGGCUCUGGUUCAGGGACACCCUGAGAAUGAAGCUAGGAGGCCAUCCCAGGGACCCUUGGCCAGCGUCUGCCCAUCCACAACCCAGCCCCGCCGUACCCCCACCACCCCCCGACCCCUCCACCCACCCUGUGCAGAAUGUAAACUCCCUGGCCCAGGGGGCCGUGUCGGGCAGCAUCAGAUGCCUGAGCGACUGUCUGUUCCAUGAUGUCGCUGAUCCUUCACCUUACAGCCACAGGGCCAAGCAAAAUCCAACACUAUCUGCCUGGUUUGAUCGGAAUUGCGGUUUUGUUUAUGUGAAACGUCCUUUGAAAUUUCUUUUUUAACUGGCAGCCUUUUUUUUGGGAUGUUUUCUUCACGCCUCGUUUGUGGCGUCUGUCUUGUCAUGUAGAUUGUUGCUCCACUGUUGAGAGAAACAAGCUGUCUUUGUGGUUUCUGGGCUUGUUCAGUAGUGACAUCUGCAGGACAGGACGAUGCGCUCAGGGUCCGGAGCAAGCUGGUAGGAUCGUAGAAUUCAGGAAACAAACGUCUCACUAACCCGAUAUGGGGGUGGGGUGUCUCAUUAAAUGUGAUCGCUUGAUUUGGAAAGGAUUCUCACGGUCUCUGGGUCAGAGACAGAAUAUAUUGAUACUAGACUUCCCGGUGGGAGGGCCUGGUGGAGAGAGAGAACCUUCCAGAACCUUCCGUCAGGACAGUCCACCCCGACAAAGCACAAUAGUCCCCUGCGGCUCCAGCCAUCUAACGGUUGAACUCGAUUUCAGUUGGAUUUUGACUCACUGUGUUUCUUGUCUUCUCAUCCCAUCUUUUCUUUUUUUUAAACACGUAUUAGCCUGGCAACCCACAGGUGACCAUGUUGGGUUGGUUACGGUCAUGGGGUUUGGGGACAUUCUGUAAAUAUGGGGAGGAAAUAUGUAUAUUUUAAAACCUAAAGGUGAUUCUGUAUAAAUGUUUUUAGAAAAAAAAAAUCGGGAUAGGUUGGACUAAAAUGGUAUGUCUGUAAAUCUGUACCCAAAAAGACAAAUUAACAAUUGUUAUUAUUGAAACAUAAUACAUAUACCAGAAUA